GUUUCAAAUCCAGCUUGCACAGAAUUAGAAGUUGUCAUGAUUGAUUGGAUGGCAAAAAUUAUCGGUUUACCUGAACACUUCAUAUCGAAUAAAAAUGCCGGUGGAUUGAUUCAAGGUAGUUGUAGUGAAUCCACAUUGGUUGCACUAUUAGCUGCACGUAAUAAAGCUAUAAAUCAAUAUCAAACUAUUCAUCCGAAUGCAAGUAGUUAUGAAGCUUUAUCAAAACUUGUUGGUUAUUAUUCUGAUCAGGCGCAUAGUUCAGUUGAACGAGCUGGAUUAAUAGGAAUGCUUCAAUUGAAAUCAAUUAAAUCCAAUGAAAACUAUGAAAUGAAUACAAGUUUAUUAGAACAAACUAUUCAAGAUGAUUUAAACAAUGGGCUAGUUCCAUUUUUU